CCCUGCUAUUAUUGCCUAGAUCUUCCAAGCCAGCCUUGACGACGAACGGCCUAAGAGAUUGCUUCUGCCGAUUGACGACGAGAGCCUUCAAGGCAUCGUUCAACUGCGCAUUGAGUUCCAAACCGUUACGGGGGCUCAAUCAGCAAGACUGGAAUUGCACAUCUUCGGGUGUUCAGAAGAAUAUACAACAACCCAUAUGACAACAAACGUGGUAACUUUCACGACGUCAACAACUGUUAUUGAGGAGAUCACAACUUUGAGAGCAACAUCGGAAAUUUCAACUACACAAUCUAAACGAGGGCCCCCUGGUGGUUCUGAGGUUGAAACAACUACGAAGCCUAUUCGUUCUCGUCCUCCAGGAGGUUCUCAAAUUGAAACAACCACACAACCAAUGCGCUCUCGAUAUUCAAAAACAGAACCAGUGACCAAAACCACCAUUUCCAAAUCAACCCUGACGACAACGUCUCCUCGCUCAUCAACUCGAGGUAAAAUGAACUAA